UGAGGCUGCCCGGCCUAGCAGGCCCCACGCCGCUGCUGCUGCUGCCUCCCGGGCCGCCCUGCUACUGCGGCCCACCAUGCUCCUGCCCCAGCCUGGAGACGGACCCUAAACCAGCACCAUCUCGCCGCUCCGCCCCCCGUUGCCCGACCCCGGGGUCCCUCCCCGGCCCCGGAGGUCAUCCGGGGAAUCAUUAACAAGAGGCCGUGACAUGGCGGAGAAGGAGGGUGGUGGCCGGAAUGUGGCGUGCUGUUCUGGGAUCAAGGUGGCAGCACUCACUGCGGGGACCCUACUGCUGCUGACGGGCAUCGGGGCAGCCUCCUGGUUCAUCGUGACCAUGUUGCUCAGGAGUGACCAGGAGCCGCUCUACCCAGUGCAGGUCAGCCCCGUGGACGGCCGGCUUGCGGUGCUGGACAAGACGGAAGGGACGUGGCGGCUGCUGUGCUCCUCGCGCUCCAAUGCCAGGGUGGCCGGGCUUAGCUGUGAGGAGAUGGGCUUCCUCAGGGCACUGACCCACUCUGAGCUGGACGUGCGGACGGCAGGUGCCAACGGCACAUCAGGCUUCUUCUGCGUGGAUGAGGGGCGGCUGCCCCAUGCCCGGAGGCUGCUGGAUGUCUUAUCUGUGUGUGACUGUCCUCGGGCCAAGUUCUUGACUGCUGUUUGCCAAGACUGUGGCCGCAGGAAGCUGCCCGUGGACCGCAUCGUGGGAGGCCAGGACACCAGCUUGGGCAGGUGGCCGUGGCAAGUGAGCCUGCGCUAUGAUGGGGCGCACCUAUGCGGAGGGUCCCUGCUCUCAGGGGACUGGGUGCUGACAGCUGCCCACUGCUUCCCUGAGAGGAAUCGUGUCCUGUCUCGGUGGCGUGUGUUUGCCGGUGCUGUGGCCCAGGCCUCACCCCAUGGGCUGCAGCUGGGAGUGCAGGCUGUAGUCUAUCAUGGGGGUUACCUUCCCUUUCGAGACCCCAACAGUGAGGAGAACAGCAAUGACAUCGCGCUGGUUCAUCUUGCCAGCCCCCUGCCUCUCACAGAGUACAUCCAGCCCGUGUGCCUGCCCGCCGCUGGCCAGGCCCUGGUGGACGGCAAGCUGUGCACUGUGACCGGCUGGGGCAAUACACAGUACUAUGGCCAACAGGCUGGGGUACUCCAGGAGGCCCGCGUCCCCAUCAUUAGCAACGAUGUGUGCAACAGCCCCGAUUUCUAUGGGAACCAGAUCAAACCCAAGAUGUUCUGCGCCGGCUACCCCGAGGGUGGCAUUGAUGCCUGCCAGGGCGACAGUGGCGGCCCCUUUGUGUGCGAAGACAACAUCUCUCGGACGCCACGCUGGCGUCUGUGUGGCAUCGUGAGCUGGGGCACUGGCUGUGCCCUAGCCCAGAAGCCGGGCGUCUACACCAAAGUCAGUGACUUCCGGGAGUGGAUCUUCCAGGCCAUACGGACUCACUCCGAAACCAGCGGUAUGGUGACCCAACUGUGACCUGUGGUGUCUCCUCGCUGCGCAUGCCUCCCCGGGCCUAGCUGACAUAGGUGUCAGUGGGACCCAGGCCGGGCCGGGCCGCAGGUGCAAGGAUCUUCCUCCAGCCCUUUCCCCCACCCCUACCCCCUGUCGGCCCCUCCAGGGUCCUCUCUUCCACAGUGGCAGCCCACUUAGUCAUGGGACCACUCGGCCUCAGCCUUCCGACCCCCUCCUCCCAACCCCAUGUAAAUAUUGUUCUGCCGUUGGGGGACGCCCAUCCAG